AUGCGAUUUUCGGCCGGCAGACCAUCUUCAACAAAGGCGACGCGAAGAAUUCCUCUCGACCGUCAACGCUUUGUCCACCUUCCUUUUACUCGACGACCAUCUCUUCCUCCUAUCACGCUGAAGCAGCCCCCACAAGAACUCCUGCAGGAUUCAAUCAAGAUGCAUCCGGCGAUAGUGAUCUUCCUCUCUGUCGUGGUGGUGCAGACCAUCGCUGCGAUAGGCAAACAGAGGUUGCAGGACAUCCUAUGGCUACUGUACACAUCGCUCUUCCACCGCUCGACACUAUCCGCACAACGUCGCCUUCGUCGCGAAAUCCUCACCACCAAACAACAGCUCUCCGCCACGUCUUCCCAGGACCAAUUCGCCAAAUGGGCAAAACUCCGUCGUUCGGUCGACAAACAGCUUGCGACGCUCGAAGCCACCAACGCCACCCUCACCUCCUCUCGAUCAACCUUCAACAUGGUCGUCUCUGGGUUGCUGUUCGUCGUCACCUCCAUCUUCCCAUUCGCGGUGACGAGCUGGUACUCGAAGACACCGAUCUUCUGGCUACCUCCCUCGGAACACAGCUGGUUCGGCCCCGUCGGAUGGUUCUUAGCCCUACCGAGGGCACCGAAAGGCGCGAUCAGCAGUACCGUCUGGCAGAUGGUCUGUUCAAGGACGCUGAUCGCAGUUGUAGGAGCAGGUGCCAACUUCAUCCCUGGAAAGAAGGAGACUGUGGUUCCGCCAGUAGGCGAAGCCAAGACCCAAGAGUUGAACGAAGAGAAGAGCGCGCAGAGUGGCAAGCCACCCUUGACACCGACAGAGGCGUCAAGCGGUGGGCCAGCGAGAAAGAGGACAAAUGCCCAGUCUGCUUCUGUGUCAGAGAAGCAUGAUCUUUGA